AUGUUUUUCAGAGAAGCCCUUUUCUUCAUAUAUGACAAAGAUUUCAUACGGGGGAAAAGCCGUAUUGGGGAUAAGAGGGUGAGUGAGAGCGGCAAAAGUUCUGAGAUUAAUAUAUUGCAUGGGAACUGA